CCCGUAUGCCCUCGCCCUAUCCCAAAACUCGGAUCAUCCGCCGCAAAUUCAACGGAGAAAACAGAUUCGUGCAGAUCCUAAAGGAGUACGAAUGUAUCAUGCUUAUGAUGCCCUGUCUAGACAUGAUGACUUUCAAGGCGAUUGCGUACUCGUGCACCACGCUCUCGGAGGGAGCAGGGAUUAGCAACCAGAGGAUGUUUGAAAACCUAUCAGCAAGGUUCAGGUUCGUAAGAUUGGAUGAGAUGCCCGAGCAUGACUUUUUUCGUUUCAAAAAGGGGCCGCGAGGGUGAUAGCGGGGAUGAGAGCAAGUGUGAUCAGCCGCCAAAACGGAUAAUGCGUGCUUUUGGGACGUUCCACGAUCGAGGCCUCGAAAGGUCUUGAUUUGAAUCGAGGUCAAGCGUUGUAUUUCGCAAUAGUAUCUGGUG